AUGAGCGCUGCUACUGCGCCCCCACGCUCCCCAAGCGUCGCCGUCGACGCCUUCCACCGCCCUCGUCCCGCGCCAGCCUCGGGACCGUCGUCAAGCAGCGAGUCCGGCGCGUCCGCCAUCGACAAGGUCGAGUCGCAGCACGGCACCGACAACGAGGAGCUCGACGAGCAUGCCGCCGAGCAGGCCGAGAUCGAGGCCGCCGUGGACGAGCUGCGCGAGCGCCGCGAGCAGGACAAGGAGGCCGUCGGCGCGCGCAAGGGCGUGUCGGGCUUCGUUGCGCGAUGGAUGAUUCGGCGACGGCACAGACGGGCGGCGGCGGCGGCAGCCAAGAGCGACGGCGACGGCGAGGACCCCGACGACUCGCUCGCCCUUCCUCCCGACACUCGCCUCCUGCCUAUCAUCUCGGGCCUCGCCUGCCCUUUCGCCGUCCUCCUCGACAUCCCGGGCCUCACGACGCCGUGGUACAUCAAGACGCAGGGCGACCUCAUCGUCGACUCGCAGCCCAACCCGGUCCUUCUCGACGUCGAGCAGGCCGUCGCGCUCGCGCUCGGCGUCCUCGCCAACGCGGCCCUCAUCUGGCGCUUCCUCGAGCACAGCCCUCGCCGUACGACCUGGGUCGCCAUGAUCUCGCUCACGAUCCGGGACGCCAUCGCGAUCGCCGCCUGCGUCUGGUUCCUCGUCGUGCACCGCUUCAACGACGGCUUCGUGUACGGCGACGGCUUGUGGCUGUCGCUCGCCGCCGUCGUCGCGAGCCUGACGUGCAACAUCACGCUCGGGCUCGACCUGUGGAGGACCGAGAACUUUGACAAGAAGGGGAGCGGCCUCACCGAGAAGCAGCGCGCCCUCGUCAUCGUCGCCAUGUCGUUCCUCUUGAACCUCGGCCUUGGGUCGCUCGCCUACUCGUACCUCAUCCCCGACCUGCGCUUCAUCGACGCCAUGUACUUCACCGAGUGUAUCCUCACCACUGUCGGAUUCGGGGACAUCCUCCCCAAGUCGGUCGGCGCCCGCAUCUUUACCCUGUUCUACACCCCUCUCGGCAUCAUUAACCUCGCAGUCGUCGUCGCCGUCGCGCGCGAGACCAUCAUCGAGAGCUUCGAGCGGUCGUACCGGUCGCGCCGCGACCGCCUCGCCCAGAAGGCGCGAGAGCGCAAGGCGGCGAUCCUCAAGAAGCAGGAGCUCGCGCGCCAUCGUGCCCGUCGUGCCGCCGAGGACGAGCUCUUGCGCCAGGGCCCCGCAGGACCGGCGCCGUCGUCGCUCAACUUCGUCCCGCCGUCGGGCAGGUCCGCCCUCGUCGCCGGUCUCGGCGCAACCAUGCCCGUGAUCGGCGCCAUGGCGGGCAAGGAGACGGCGCGCUCGCAGCUGCCGACACUCGACGCCCUCGAGCGAGUCGAGUCGGCCGCCUCCCGUUCGCGCCUCGCGCAAGCGCUCGUCCGUCCUGUUCAUGUCGCCGGUCGUUACGUCGCCAAGUACAUCCCUCGUCGUCGCAAGGUCGAACACGACUGCGAGGCCGCCACCGAGCCGGGUCCUGGCAACUUGCAGCGCACGUCGACGGCCGGCUCGACCAUCACGACGACCUCGAUCGACCGCAGCUUCGUCUCGCUCCGCAACUCGCUCCGCCGCGAGCAACGGCAAGAGUUCCGCGUCAAGCUCGCCGUCGCCUUGUCCGUGUUCCUCACGUUCUGGCUCGCCGGCGCCGGUAUCUAUUCCGUUACGGAGGACGGCUGGAGCUUCUGGAUCGGCAUCUGGUUUUCGGCUGAGUAUUUCACAACCCUGGGGCUCGGGGACUACACGCCGACGUCUCCAGCCGGUCGGGCCUUUUUCGUCGCGUGGAGCAUUUUCGGCAUCGCCAGCAUGACCCUGCUCCUCUCUGUUCUCACCGAGUCGUGGUCGGCGCGGUACAAGUCGUCGCUCACCGACGGUCGCUUCAAGAAGGCGUACCGGCGCGUCAAGGGCAACAAGGACGGUCGACGCGGCGAGUCGGCGCAGGGAAUCUCGAGCCGUCUCCUCAGCAAGGACGGCUUCGAGCCGCUCAGCCGCGACGGCGAGGGCCUGCCGGACAAGAUCGUCAGGGUCCUCAAGGGCUUUCACUCGCACGCUCGCUACUUCAUGCUCGGGCGCAACGGCCACCCUCCCUCGGAGCUUUCCGCCCUCUUCGCCGCCGCCGAGGACGCACCCGACGGUGUCGACCAGCUCAUUCAGCGAGGCGCUGCAAGUCUGGCCGAGGCCAGCUCACAAGGCGACACCGAGCACUUCCUCUUCCUCGUCUCGUACGAGCGGCAGUUCGACCUCCUCCUCGAGUCGGCCGAGCAGCUCGCGACCGUCGUGAGCGACGCCGCCGCGCGCAUGUCGCACCUCGAGGCCGAGAACGCGCGGCUCAAGGAGCAGCUCGCCGGCGUGCGGGGCGCGCAGAGCGGCGAGGGUAGCAGCAUGUUCCAGCGUCGGCCGGCCGGCGGGUUCGGCGACGAGGAGGUCGAGGAGGAGCUGUGCGAGGAGGUCGACAAGGGCACGGACCCGCUCGACGACGAGGUCGCGUCUGCAGCGGCGGCCAAGCCGGGAGCCGCCACCACGCCGCGCCUGCACCUUCCGCACCCUCGUCUGCGCCCCACGUCGUCGCCGCAUCCUGCGUCGACGCCUGCCGCCCCACAGAGCCCGGCCGCCCCCGUCCCCGCCUCGGCAUCACCUCCUCCUCGCUCGCGCACGCCCUCUGUCGCCUUCGCCUCCCCGUCCUCACCUGCACCUGCCGACACGAGCACGACCUCGUCCUCGUCGCACCUCUCGCCGUCCUCGCCGCCGUCGAUCGACCCGAGCGGAUAAUGUUGGCUCGCGCUCGCCAUGGGCCGUUCUCUCUCUCUCAUUUGUAGCUUUCCUAUCCCCUCUGUGCCCGAGUCUCUGUUGUUCUGCAAAUUCGUCUUUGUCAAGUC